UGCGAACACCACCGCCUCCUCUGCCACCGCCGCCACCUCGCCCGACGCGCCGCAGCUCGCCGCGGCUGGUGGGCGGUGCGCCGAUCGUGCGCGCCGGGGGCGCCAGAUGUGCAGUCCCCGCCGCCGCCAGUGACCCAGCCGCAGCCCCGGCGGGAGCCGGCCGCCUUCCCGAUGCUGCGGGGGCGACCUUGAGCGCGCCCCGCUUUCUCUCGGCUGGGACCCCGACACCGCGAGCGCCGUGCUCGGUCCUGCUCUCUCCGGCCCGGCUUGCCCCACAUUCGGACAUGGAGGGGGCCGCUGCGCCCGCGGCCGGCCCGGACUUGGGGCCGGGGGCGCCAGGCUCUCCGCCGGAGGCGGGGGCGAUCGCAGCCCCCUCGGCGGCGGCCCCGGAACCCAGGAAGCCGCACGGUGUGAAGCGGCAUCAUCACAAACACAACUUGAAGCACCGCUACGAGCUGCAGGAGACCCUAGGCAAAGGCACCUACGGCAAAGUCAAGCGGGCCACCGAGAGGUUUUCGGGCCGAGUGGUGGCUAUAAAAUCCAUUCGUAAGGACAAAAUUAAGGAUGAACAAGACAUGGUUCACAUCAGACGAGAGAUUGAGAUCAUGUCAUCCCUCAACCAUCCUCAUAUCAUCAGUAUUUAUGAAGUGUUUGAGAACAAAGAUAAGAUUGUGAUCAUCAUGGAGUACGCCAGCAAAGGGGAGCUGUACGACUACAUCAGCGAGCGGCGGCGCCUCAGCGAGCGGGAGACCAGACACUUCUUCCGGCAGAUCGUCUCCGCCGUGCACUAUUGUCACAAGAAUGGUGUGGUCCACCGGGACUUGAAGCUGGAAAAUAUACUGCUCGAUGACAACUGUAAUAUUAAGAUUGCGGACUUUGGGCUUUCCAACCUGUACCAGAAGGACAAGUUCUUGCAAACGUUCUGUGGGAGCCCACUCUACGCCUCUCCUGAAAUUGUCAAUGGGAGGCCUUACCGAGGGCCGGAGGUGGACAGCUGGGCCUUGGGCGUACUGCUUUACACUCUUGUUUACGGAACGAUGCCCUUCGAUGGUUUCGAUCACAAGAACCUCAUCCGGCAGAUCAGCAGUGGUGAAUAUCGGGAGCCCACGCAGCCCUCAGAUGCUCGAGGCCUCAUUCGGUGGAUGCUGAUGGUGAACCCUGACCGCCGGGCCACCAUCGAGGACAUCGCCAACCACUGGUGGGUGAACUGGGGCUACAAGAGCAGUGUCUGCGACUGUGAUGCCCUUCACAGCUCCGAGUCCCCACUCUUGGCCCGCAUUAUCGACUGGCACCACCGUUCCACAGGGUUGCAGGCUGAAGCCGAAGGCAAAGUUAAAGGCUUGGCCAAACCUGGGGCCCCUGAGGUCGUGCUGGAGCGUCAGCGGUCGCUGAAGAAGUCCAAGAAAGAGAAUGACUUCCCUCAGUCUGGCCAGGACUCGGUGCCUGAGAGCCCAUCCAAGCUGAGCUCCAAGCGGCCCAAAGGGAUCUUGAAGAAGCGGAGCAACAGCGAGCAUCGCUCCCACAGCACUGGCUUCAUCGAGGGCGUCGUCAGCCCGGCCUUACCACCCACUUUCAAGCUGGAACAGGACUUGUGCCGGACUGCCGUGCCCCUGCCAAGCCCCCCAGAGGCCGAAGUGCCAGGUAAACUCAGCCCCAAACAGUCCGCCACGAUGCCCAAGAAAGGCAUCCUGAAAAAGACCCAGCAGAGAGAAUCGGGUUACUAUUCAUCCCCGGAGCGCAGCGAGUCUUCGGAGCUGCUGGACAGUAACGAUGGGCUUGGCAGCAGCAUCCCCUCCCCCAGCCCCCCGGACCCGGCCAGGGUGCCAUCCCACAGCCUCUCCUGUCGCAGGAAGGGCAUCUUGAAGCACAACAGCAAGUACUCAGCGGGCACCAUGGACCCGGCCCUGGCCAGCCCCGAAAUGCCCACACUGGAAUCCUUGCUAGAGCCGGGCGUCCCUGCCGAGGGCCUCUCCCGGAGCUACAGCCGGCCUUCCAGCGUCAUCAGCGAUGACAGCGUCCUGUCCAGCGACUCCUUCGACUUGCUCGACUUGCAGGAGAACCGCCCCACCCGCCAGCGCAUCCGCAGCUGCGUCUCUGCCGAGAACUUCCUCCAGAUCCAGGACUUUGAGGGGCUCCAGAACCGGCCCCGGCCCCAGUACCUGAAGCGGUACCGGAACCGGCUGGCAGACAGCAGCUUCUCCCUCCUCACAGACAUGGAUGACGUGACUCAGGUCUACAAGAAGGCGUUAGAGAUCUGCAACAAGCUCAACUAGCUCUCGGGGUGCAGGGGUGGGGUGGGGUGGGUAUGAGGGAGAGGAGUGGGAAUGAUGACUGGGCUCUGGAGCUGGUUACCUCUUUGCUGGCCGUGACAACAGACUGACAAAGGGAUUGGUGCUGUUUGGCUUUGGCCAAAUUUGAAAGCUGAGUCAGUGCCUAUGUGGGAGAGGUGGGCAGUUGGCCAGUCCUGCUGACUGCCAGUUAGAAUUGGGAUCCUAAUUGGCAUUUUGCUUUAUGGCAUCUCCUAGGGGACCAGCUGUCCAGGGGAGGUGGUGUUGGCCAGCACUUCCAGGAUAGGGAGGGAGCAUAUGGGAGAGGAAGCAUUUCUCUAGAAGUCAUCCACAUGCUUCUGGAGGAGGGCAGGACAGACUAUAGCCAUCUGUUGCGAAAUCACUGAGAGCUUGCUCCUUCUCAUGUUAUUAGCAGGCUUGGUCUGACUGCCUAGGGUGGGCAUGUCAAUUUUAGUUAUCUGAGCUUGAAUCAGUGAUCGAUUGAUAAGGGCUGCUGGGUGCAUUGGUUUGAGUAGCCCAGUGGGAAGGAGUGCUGUGAUUGAUUAGUAAUGGUUGUCAUGGGGAUGGGAAGGGGUGCGGUAGCACUCAUGCCUUGUAGUUGUCAUCCUUGACCUGGCUAAGCCCUGGGAGUGUUAGUGUAGAUCCCAUGGGAUCUAUGUUGUCUCUUUUAUGCCACCAUGGGGCAUUUGUUAAUUUGCUACUCUACCUUGAAUGGAAGACAGGGCCUUGGUCAGAGAAAGAAUGCUCUGGACACUGCUAAGGACUUAGAGUCAGCCCAUGGUGAUUGUUUGGCUUCUUGUUGUCUGCCUCUUCUUUCCUAGUGUCUGCCUGGCUCUUCAGCACAACCUCCCAAGGGUGGACAGGGGGAAAGUUGGUGGUGUCAGAGGUCAAAACUAUAGUGUAGAACAGUGCUCGAGACCCUCUGUGAUCUUUCUAAAUGAACGAAAUUGAUCCAUACCAGCAAGGGGGCAACUUGUCAAUUUCUUUAAUGUCUCAAUGUUAACUGGAAUGCUGCCUUGUGGGUUCUCACCUGCAUGAAUGUUUUGAAUUGGAUGUGAUACUGGCUAUAGUCUCCAAAGGAAUAACUGACUCAACUAUUUACCCUAUUUACUCACAGUAAACAGUUUCCUCAUCCACUCAGUGUAGAAUCCUCAGAGGUAGGCGAGUUUGCUUCCGGGAGUUAGUGUGUAGGUGGGAUAUUUGAAGGAGGAAAGUCAAGUCAGGCAGAACGUGUUUUCCCCCUCAAAUCUAGGUAUUCUGUGUCAUGGGUUUGAACCCCUAGACUUUGAGGGAAAGGUUCCAGCCACUCAAAAUGAAUAAGCUGCUAAAAGAGCAGAGUGGGUUGGGAGGAAGAAAGUGGGAGAGGGAACAGUUCCCUGGACGUCUUCCUGAUGGUUCUGGAGAAGGCAGACGAGAGGUGUGACAGGACUCUUAUCUUGAAAAGUCACAUAACUCACUUGUGUAACUCCUGGACACCCAGAUUGCAGGUGAGAAGACAUCACUCCCAUGGUGCGACAUCUUCAGAUACUGAGUUUGGGAUUGAUGGUCAUAUUUGGGAGUUUGGGACGACCUCAGAUUCUACUGGCCCCAGCUAAUUGAAACUCUUGUUUCAAGACGGUCAACUUCUGAAAGCCACCUGGAUAUUUAAGAAGAACUAGUCUUGGGGGGUGUUUGGGGGAAAACCAACAUGGAGAGCUGAGAUGGAAUUUACCUUCAGACACUAAGAACAUUGAUUAGAAUGAAACUGCCCUUUGCCAAAGGAGAUGGCUCCAGUUCUCCCCUUGUCACCAGCUCUGGGGUUUUGGCUUGUGCAUCCCUUCAGGUUGAGCCAAGUAGUGUAAUAUGGGAAGCUUUGCGGGUUUCCUUUCAUUCAAUUCCACCUCCUUCCUGAACUCCAAUAUAGGUUCAAAGGGAAAAAACCUAUAGCUAGCAAAUUGUAUGUGGGAUAUGUGGGUGCGUGGAGGGCAUUCUCCAACCUCUAAAGCUCCCUCUUCCUUGUAUCACUUUAUGCAACCUUUUCUGGACAGCCUAUACUGCCACAUUGCUGGUCGCUCAUGCAUGGCAGCCUGUCUAGUUGGUAGCUGUCAGUGUGACUUAGGUAUAACAUCUACCUACUGGUUGAUGUAGUUUCCUUUUGCCCAAGUAAUUGUGUCUGUUUGGUAUUUUCCAUCCUUAUAAUCUUUAAGUAAAAGUGACACUAUUAAGGAAAGUCAUUCUAUCCCUAACCUCCAAAAGAGAAAACACGUAUUUUCUCUUUCUCAGCAGACCCAGACAGUGGAUUGUGGCAAAGACGGUUCUCCACUCAGAGGCAGAGACUGCAUUGAGUCCUAGUCUGCUGGUGGUCUUAGGCACCUGCAGUAUUUCAGGGGCUGAGUUUUCUCUUUAAUGAGGGCUGGAUUAGCUGGUCUCUGAAGUCCCGCCUAGUUCUGACAUCCUGCUAACAUCCUCUGAUUCUGGAUAUGAUGUUGACUCUGUCCUUUUAAAGAAAGAAAAAACUUGGAAUAGAGGGAAAAGACCGCAAAGCAGCUCCCUUCCUUCUUAAGUAAGUCCUCUCAUCCCUUCCAGCCAAGGAAAUCAUGCUUGAUUUAUUUCCAUGGAAUUACAAGUGAGAGACACUUUGAUGACCUGGUGGACCAAGCAGGAGAUUCGAGGUCAGCUCUCCUGGUCCUUUCCUUGCCUCCGUGGGCCUUUUCAGUGUCUUAGUUUACACAUCUGCCAAAGGAGUAGAGUUAAUACUUCUUUUUACAGGUAAAUUUCAAGGCAUGAUCAGUUUUCAGGAAGUGCUUCAAGACCUCAGGUGAAAUGAAAAUGCCAAGUGCUCUCUGAAUUUCCAUCCCUGUUAUAAGGUGCUGCUUCUGCAGAUGGCAAAGAGUACCUUUUGGGGUGAAACUCAGGUGAGUGUAGGCCAAGCCUGUUGUCUUGAGUACAAAUGUGAAUGACUGACUGACUGCUUAUUGCCAAACUGGAAAUGUUCUGUAGGGAUUUACUGGCAUGGUAUCAUUCCUAGAAGAAAAAAAAAAAGAGAGAAACUUGACUGCACAUUUUUUUUUUUUUUAAUCCAUGUUGUGACUUUUAUUUAAUUUCUAUUUUUUUUGGUAAUAAAAAGUUGACUUUUUUAUUUGAAUUUGUCUUUUUUUAUUUAUUGGUCUGAAAGGCAUUUCAAAGGUAUUAUAAUAAUAUAUUGGUGUAAUUUAAUUGGUGCAACAUGCUUUAUGGCUCCAGUCAAAAUUGGUUUUCAUUCAUUUGAUUGGUUUGAGCCCAGGACAGCCUAUAGGGGAUUAAAAAAAAAAAUGCUGGAUAACCACCCAAAAUGUUUGUAUUUUCAUUGGAAACUGAUUUUGUUUUUGUUUUUAUUUUUAAAUUAAAUAAAUUGCCAUGAACUGAA